CAAAAUCAAUGGCUUCUUCCACCACUCUCACUGCUCUUGCCGACCAGCCAAUUCUGCCGCCCGAUUUCGUCCGCCACCACGACGACCGUCCCAGAGUCCCUUACAACCAUUUCAGCGAUGAAAUUCCUAUCAUCUCCCUUGCCGGAAUCGACGGCGAUCGCAGGGCCGAGAUUUGCCGGACCAUCGUCGAAGCCUGCGAGGACUGGGGGAUAUUCCAGGUCGUCGACCAUGGCGUCGACUCCGAGAUUGUUUCUGAUAUGACUCGUCUCGCUCGCGAUUUCUUUGCCCGUCCGCCGGAGGAGAAACUCCGUUUCGACAUGUCCGGCGGUAAGAAAGGCGGAUUCAUCGUCUCUAGUCAUCUCAAGGGAGAAGUCUUUAAAGAUUGGCGUGAGAUAGUAACCUACUUUACAUACCCAAUAAAAAACCGAGACUACUCUCUCUGGCCGGACAAGCCGGAGGGGUGGGCGGCAAAGACGGCGGAGUACAGCGACAAGUUGAUGGGGCUGGCUUGUAAGCUUUUGGAGGUUUUAUCAGAAGCCAUGGGUUUGGAAAAGGAGGCCUUAAAGAAGGCUUGUGUAGACAUGGACCAGAAGAUUGUCGUAAAUUUCUAUCCCAAAUGUCCUGAGCCAGACCUCACUUUAGGGCUAAAACGCCACACUGAUCCUGGAACCAUAACGUUGCUGUUGCAGGACAAGGUCGGUGGCCUUCAGGCCACCAAGGACGGUGGCCGGACCUGGAUCACCGUCCAGCCCGUCGAAGGUGCCUUCGUCGUCAACUUGGGAGACCAUGGCCAUUACCUUAGCAAUGGGAGGUUCAAGAAUGCUGAUCACCAGGCAGUAGUGAACUCAAACACAAGCAGGCUAUCAAUAGCCACAUUUCAAAACCCUUCACAAGAAGCCAUUGUGUAUCCAUUGAAGAUCAAAGAUGGGGAGAAGCCAAUUCUUGAGAAGCCCAUCACUUUCACUGAGAUGUAUCAGAUGAAGAUGAGCAAGGACAUUGAGCUUGCAGGGCUUAAGAAGAAAGCCCAAGAACAACAAGCCCAAGAGUUUCUUCGAUAAGGCCCAUUUGGAAGCCCAAGCCCAAUCACUAAACCUUUUCUUCUAGUUCAUCUCUUUAUGUGUUUUCUAUUCUGACGAUGGUGGGUGGGUUUCGUUUGAGGAGCUAUUAAAUAAAAUGGUACUUCGGAUCUAUGAAAUUUGGUAUUUAUUUAAAAUGGUCUAAACAAAUUAAAACGUGUGAAAACAAUACAUUUUCCUCUCUAAGUUUUGGACCUAAUUAGUUAUGAAUUCAAUUUCAAUUCCUAAGCUUCAAAUUGUUAUAUUAAUUUACUUCCAUUUUUUUCCUAUGACUAAUAAAAUUAAUUUGAAAUUCACUUCAUAAUUAUUUUAAAUUUAAUCAAUUGACAUUAACAAAUAAUGAGUAUUUAGGAUGUGUUUGAAAAACUAAAAUGUAACCAAGAUUACACGAUGAGAAAGAGGGUUAGAAUGAAAAUUGUUGAAACAAAAUGAGCUCAAUCCAAACAUGAAUUUUUUUAUUACAUUAUAUUACAAUCUCAUUCCUUUACGGGCCACCAAAGACACACUUAGUGAAAAUUCAAAGUUACAAUCGUAAAUCAACUUAUGGAUUAAAUUGAAAGAACUCAAAUCUCAAGGAUAAAUUAUUAUAUUAUAAUAUUUUGGAACCUUGGAAAUAAAAUGAAAUCAAACCCAAAACUUAUGUGUAACAUUUUAAAAUCUAUGGAUCAAAUAAAAACUAUACUUAAAACCUCGGGACUAAAAGACGUUUUUCAGUCAAACAAUCUAAACACAAUUACCGCAUGGACUAUAGAACAUUAUUGGAAGCUCAUAAACCAAUAGAAACAAUC